AUGAAGGCUGAAUCCUCAAUGCUCGACCAACCGGCGACAGGGCUGUCGGAACCGACGCAGGCCUAUUGCGUUGCGCUCCUUAGUCAAGAGAAGAGCCUCGGCGAGCUGCAGCGACACCUUCACAAAACAGAGGCGCUCUUCCGCGAGUCGGUCCAACGCAAGAACCAGCAGCUGGACCUGCUGCUCGCCGAGGUGCGCCGCCUGUCGGCCAACGCGGCGGGCCGGGAGGCCAAGGCAUCCGAGCACUUCGAGUCCUCCCUUGACGCCCAGCGGAUCGAGCUGGGCCGGCUGCGGCAACAGCUCGCGACGCGGGAGACAGAGGUGGAUGCCCUCGCAGCGCAGGUCCAGCAGCUCAGAGCGGACUUGGCGGAGGAGCGGACGUGGCGCGAGGCGGCAGUGGAGCGGCUUGAGAGCACCGCCGCCGACAGGGCGACGCUAGACGCGCAGCGGUCUGAGCUCUCGGCCCGGCUGAGCUCGAGCGACUGCGGGCGAGCGAGCACGAUCGAGCGCUGCACGAGACAACGCAGGCAGAGCCUCCGCGCUGCGUUUGGCGUCGCGUAUGCCAGCAUAUUCAAGCACCGUAUGGGACAGGCGGAAAUCGAGGAGUUGAGGGCACGCCUUGACGGCAGCGAGGCUGCACGAGCGACUGAGCGCGACAGCAUCCAUGCGCGGCUGAGCGACGCGCGCACGGAGCUCGAGGCGGAGGCGGAGUCGAUGCGUGCCGAAAGCGCGGCAGCAAAGGCUCGUGCAAGUGAGGCCGAGGCGGACGCCGAGGCGGAGGCCCGUGAGAGGGCGCGGCUCGAGGCGGACAUGGGCGAGGCAGCGAACAUGGUGGUUGCGCUUCAGGCGCAGGUCAAGGCGCAUGCGCAGGCCAGGGAGUCUCUCGCAGCUUCCGCUGACAGCGCUGCGGCAGAGAGGAGUCAGCUCGCCAUUGAGCGGGAUGCCGCCUUGCUCGAGCGCGAUGGCCUCGUGGCGGAGCGGGACUCGCUCGAGGCCAGCGUGCAGCAACCGGAGAGUGGAGGCGAGGCUCUCUCGAGUGUCGAGGCCAUGCAAGCUGCAGAUGGGAGUGGCGACGGAGGCGCGGCGGCGGUUUCGGGUGCGUCGGGCGAGCCGGCGGUGGUGCGGCUGAGCUUGCGCGGCGAGCCUGUGGUUUCCUACGUGCUGACCAUCGAUGCCAUCGUCGACUCGCCCCGCACGACGCUGCAAUAUGUGUGGCGCCGUGCCGGCGAGCAGCGGCGACUCGAGGGGCCCUCCUACCUCGUCACCGCCCCUGAUAUUGGGUGUGAGAUCUCUGUGCUCGUCACGCCCGUCGGCUCCAACGGUCCGCUCCCCUCGCCUAAAUCUCACCUCUCGCGUGGCAUGGAUAAGCAAAGACACGGUUGCCUUGUAGGGGCGCUCGGUGCGCCACAGCAGGCAGCGACAGCCGGUGCGGUGUGCGUGGCGCCCGAGGUGCCCCACACCCUGCGCGAGUGGGUGCAGCGGGGCGAGCGGCGGUUUGAUGGCCUCUUCGACGCGACCGACCGCGAGCGGUCGCUCUUGCUCACGGGGGACAAGAUCAAGGUGCGGGAGAACCGCAACAAGGUGGAGAAGACAGUCAUGAAGGAGUCGCACGCACUCGCAAGGCUCGAGUACGGCACCGACGAACUCACGUUUAUGCUCGUGCUGCCGUCGGUCAAGCGCGCCAGCCCGCUGACGCUGCGCGCUAAGUCGGCCUUCCAACGCGACCUCAUCUACCUGGCGCUCAAGGCGUUCUCCUCGCCGGACAGCAUCGCCGCGCUUCCGACCGCCGCGACGAGCCUGAAGCCAGCCACCGCUCUCGAGCUGAACACCCCCGAGCCAUCAGGCGGCUGCUGA